UGCAUUACGUCCUCAUAUUCCGAUCCAUCUCUCUCUCUCUCUCUCCCUCUCCUUUCUCUCUCUAGGGUUUCGUUAUGCAACCAGCAACACCGGCGGUUAUGGAUCCACGGUACCAGCAACAAUGGAUGAUGAUGAAUCAACAGCAACAGCCGCCACCACAGCAGCAGUUCCACCAACAACCGCCUCAACAAAUGUACACCUACAACCAGCAACCGCCACCGGCUGCCGCUGUUGUGCCGCAGUACGCCGUUGCACCACCGGCCGCCGGUGUCGGUGCGCCUCAUCAACCGGCUAGCGCUGAUGAGAUCCGUACGCUGUGGAUCGGCGAUUUGCAGUAUUGGAUGGAUGAACAAUAUCUCGUUAGCUGUUUUGCACAAUCUGGAGAGGUGAUUUCUGCAAAAGUUAUUCGUAACAAGCAAACUGGACAAUCUGAAAGUUAUGGUUUCAUUGAGUUUGUUAGUCGUGCUGCUGCAGAAAGGCAUUUACAGACAUAUAAUGGUACUCUUAUGCCCAAUGUUGAGCAAAACUUCAGGCUGAACUGGGCUUCAUUUGGCGUUGGUGAAAAACGUGGAGAUGGUUCUCCUGAUUAUACCAUAUUUGUUGGGGAUUUGGCAGCUGACGUUACGGAUUAUACAUUACAGGAGACAUUUAGAGCUCAUUAUCCGUCUGUAAAGAGUGCAAAAGUUGUAACUGAUCGGAUGACGGGACGCACAAAAGGUUAUGGAUUCGUCAAGUUUGGUGAUGAAACUGAACAACUACGUGCAAUGACCGAGAUGAAUGGAAGAUUAUGUUCAACCAGACCAAUGCGCAUUGGGCCCGCUGCUAACAAAACUACUGUUAGUCCACAACAAUAUCCAAAAGCUUCAUACCAGAAUACACAGGGAACACAGAAUGAGGAAGAUCCAAAUAAUACGACUAUAUUCGUGGGUGGUUUGGAUCCUAACGUCACAGACGACCUACUUAAGCAAGUGUUUAGCCAAUAUGGACAGUUAGUUCAUGUGAAGAUCCCUAUGGGCAAGCGGUGCGGGUUUGUUCAAUUUGCUGACAGAAGCUGUGCUGAAGAAGCCCUGAGAAUGUUGCAAGGAACUCAGUUGGGUGGACAAACUGUACGACUUUCAUGGGGUCGUAGCCCUGCAAGUAAACAGCCUCAGGUGGAGCAAAGCCAAUACAAUGGCGGCGGAUACUAUGGUUAUGGACAAGGAUAUGAGACUUACGGGUAUGCUCCGGUUGCACAAGAUCCUACUACAAUGUACUAUGGAGGCUAUCCUGGAUAUGGUGGGUAUCCCCAAGUCCAACAGCCACCACAGCAGCCUCCACAGACACAGCAACAACCUCAGCAGCAUCAGUGAUAUGCAUGCGCGUGUUGAACUCGGAGGCGCGGAUUGUUCUAGUCGAUGAACAAGGGUCGAGUACCUGACCGGAAAGCAAAUCUGUUUCUUCUGAAUUUGCUUUGAGAUGUUUGUGACGUUUUCUUCUUGCACAACUGUUUUGUCAGUGACUGGUUUUGUUUUUAAGUUUAUUUGUUUUUCAAACUCGAGUUUUCAAGUAACAAAGCACGUGGGUCGUGCUUUCCUGCACUUGUUUC